GUAGAGGAAAUGUAAAAAAACAAAAUAAUUAAAGAGAAAUAGCUCAUCACUAUCACUAAAAUAUGGGGGGAGUGAAGGUUUAUUUGGCUGUGAUACUAUCUCGGGCAAUAUAUGCUGGCAUGGUUUUACUUACCAAAGCAAUCUUUAAUGGUGGUAUGAGCUGCUACAUCUUCACUUUCUAUCGACAACUAGUUGGAACUGUCGUCUUAGUUCCUCUUGCUUUGAUUUUUAAACGAAGAAAUGGAACACCACUUUCCGUUGUCACCUUCUGCAAGAUUUUCAUGCUUGCCUUGUUGGGGGUGACAAUUCCCAUUAAUGCUUCUAAUGUUGCGAUUGCCUACACAACAGCAACAUUGGGUGCUGCAAUAUUGAACUGCAUUCCUGUUGCAACAUUCUGCUUGGCUCUUCUUUUACGGAUGGAGAAUGUAACAAUAAUGAAAACAGCAGGGAUAGUGAAGAUUGCAGGGCUAGUGGCUUGCGUGGGUGGUGUUAUGACUCUUACUCUUUACAAAGGCCCUCACUUGAAUCCAUUGCUCCACCAUCACCCCAUAGAGUAUCAUCAUCCGCAACACGAACACAAACCUCAUUCCUCUUCUAACAAAAGAUGGUUAAUUGGUUGUUCGCUCUUUCUACUUGGAACCUUUGCAUGGUCUUUUUUCCUUGUUCUUCAGGUAGUAGUAAUUACAGUUUGUCAAAGAAAAUACAAUGUUUCUUUCUUUUGUUUAUACAUAUAUACUAACUUGUGUUCUCUAAAUUUCGACCUUUGUUCCCUUAUCAUCGUUUCACUCUCACUUUUUUCAUUGAUAAAAUAA